AUGGAAGAAAUGAAGAAGACUGAUGAUGUCCAGCAGGACAGAAGUAGGCAGAGGCCUAUAAAGACGGAAUGGAAUUCCCGGUGUGUUCUUUUCACGUAUUUCCAAGGAGACAUUGGCAGUGUAGUGGAUGAGCACUUCUCCAGAGCUCUGGGAAAUAUCAAGAGUCCCCAGAGAUUGAGUCCAUCAAGCCCGAAUGAAGAUGUGAUCCUAAGGAAUGAUGGUGACAUGCCUCCAAAUCAGUGGCGUUUCUCUUCUUCAUGGACAAAGCCACAGCCAGAAGUGUCUCUUGCACAUGGCGUUGCCAACUGUAGCUUGGAUGAGUCUGGUCCUGUAGUUGUGGAUCAGUAUCCAUUGUCCCUGACUGGGACCCCUUCUGCUCAGCCCAGGGAGCUGUGGCAUUUCUCCUCCCUCGCCAGCUCCAGGCCCCCAGAGCCUGGCUAUCCUCAUGCCUUCCCCACUGAGCACUUGGCUCAGGAGCCCCAGCCUGAUGAGAAAUGUGAGCCCCUCCUAAGUCCCUUCCAGCAAAACAGAUGCCUCUCCCUUCUUCAGGAAUGUGUUAUGAGGGAAUAGUGCCACCCUGUCAAGAUAGCUGGAAGCAUGGGAUUGCCCUUUUCCCUGCCUCCCAGCUCUGUGCACUAUAAGGAGAUGAAAAUAUAUGUCUCCCCCAAUCAUGGACCUGCCAGUACCAGCCUUGCAAAUGAAAGUAUGUAUCUGGUUCGGCCUUUGAAAAUGUACUCUGAAUCUGAAGAACAAAUGUGGGGCACUGGUAGUGUGAAUACCAGUGCUAAGAGGAGGCUCAUUUCUAUAAUUUAG